AUGGCAGGCACAACAAAUAAUGAUAAUGAUAAAAAUAGGAUCAGCUUAUUUCGGAAAUUGUUUAGUUCCUCUAGGAAAAUCAAAGAACAUGUUGCAUCUAGUGAAAACGUAGAGGGGUCAACAUUAUUUUUAGAUCCUCCAACUACUCGCGAGGAGCUACCAGAGCGGAACAAUUCUUCUGGAGAGUCAACAGACUGUCAUUCUAACAAAGUAGAUGCACAUGUAUCUUUGAAUCGUGUUGAUCCGUUAGAAUAUCCCACAAAUAUUUCAAAACUUUGUGAAUUAAUUCAUUCUACGAGUGUCAAUGAGGAAAUCGUUGAGAUAAAUACAGAUAUGAUUGAAAUUACACAACAAUGUGAUCCAAGUUCUAAAGAUUUUUCAAACCGCGAAUCCACAUAUACAUCCACUGGUCUAUUUUACGUGGCAGAGGAUCAGAACCUAGAACUACUGUCGGAUUUACUAAAUGAGUCUUCAGUUUCGUCAAGUGUUGAAGAUGGUGCUUGUUUGACGUCCGGUUCAUGCAAGGACGACUUUGAAGCUGAAUCAAACGUCGUGAUGAAAUGUAAAAGAGAACAAUCAGCAGAACCUACUUUGGAUAGCAUUAGAUUGUCUUCAGUCCUUCACAGUCCUGAAAUCGAUGGCAGCGACACACUUUUCUUAAGUGAAAUGAAAUAUACAGAACAGCAGGAUGAGGAAACUGGGGCUAAAGAUGACAAUUUGACAAAAGUGGAAAUAAAUAAAAUAAUCAAAGAGGAAGAAACAUCACCGAUAGAAACGACGACACCAAAAAGAGCUGCCAAGAGCGUUCAUGGAAUCAUCAGAAAAGUAUCAACAUUCCUGUGGGGGCGACGCCACCGAGAUGACAUGGAAGCAGAAGAAUAUGAAGAAGGGCAGGUUGCAGAAAUGGAAAAUGAAGACGCCCCUUCCUCGUCAAUAGAUUUGUCUUCCAGUGAGAAAUCCUCGUCCUUGGAGAACGAUCACACUCUGGAAAAAGACGAAAGCGUUGAAGAUGUUGGAUAUACAGGCGAGAAAUCUGAAGCAGACGACAGUGAAAUGAACAAUUUAGCAGACGAUAUUUUAGGUCACGUGGUUGACAAUUAUAAGCUUCAGUCGUGUGAAGUUGACCCUCUUGGUUUAAAGGAGUGUAAUGGUGUAGAUAUAGCCAAUGUAAACCAAACUAACAAUAGUGAUGCACAUGACACUUUUGGAAAAUCAAUUACUGAUAUAACCUGGAAAGGAGACGAACUAAACCCAGAAAAGGAAAUGGAAGAGGUCAAUAACAACAGUGAAAUUGAGGAAAAACUAGUCGAACCUAUUAAAAUUAAGGAAAAUAUGGCUGAAAAGGAAACACCCAAAGUAGAAGAAAAAUGUGAAAACAUCAAGGAUAAAGAUAAUACAGUAGAAAAUAGUGGUGUAACGAAUAUGUCGGCUGCUGAAGAAUUUCACGAAGCGUCAAGUGAUGAAAUCUGUAAGACUCCAGUUGAUGAUGAGAUCUUCAGCAUGUCUAAUGAAUACUUGUCAGAAUUGAGUGAUGUACAGAAGAUGGAAGAUUCGGGUUCUCAGAGCUCAGAAUCCAACCCAGCAUCCUCAUCUGACGAUCCACUAUCUGGUGAUCCGAAUAAAAAGCCGAAGGAACCCAAAAACAAGAUGAGGAAGAUGCUGAAGAGGAAGGUAGAGAAGUCUCUCUCCAAUGCGGACUUUGAUUUAUGUGAACCAGAAAUCUGUGUCAGUGUAUUGAGCAUCCCUUCUGUAAAAUCACUGACUGCUUUAAAGAAAAAGAUAACCAAAGGUGAAAAAGCAUGGAUCCAAGGAUUUCUCGAUGCUAAAGGUUUAGAUGCUCUGUUGGAUAAUGUGGACACCAUGAGCAGUAGGAGAGUGACCAAUCUGUCUGAUGCUUUGAUGCUGCUAGAAUGUGUAUCAUGUAUUAAAUCUGUGUCCAAUUCUAAACUGGGUUUGGAAGCUCUGGUUCACGAUGGAGGCAAUUCAAAAAGAAUCAUUAAAGGUGAGUAG